AGAGUGGGAGAUAGGGUUGGAAGAACACGUAAUAUCUGUAACGAGCGGAUAUUCCAGGGAGUAAAAAGGCCCUCCUACCGUGACCAAGGGAAAUCCCAAUUUGAUUCGGUACGUUCGUCGUCCCUGAAUGAAUGAAUGAAUAUCUACGGGGGCUAGAAUUACGUCGAAGAGAAUAUGGCGGAGGCGUGAAAAUGUUAGGAGAGGGCACGGGGAUCGGAUUGUGACCUACGCGGGGUGGAGACGUCGAGCGAUGUCGACAAGAUGACAGCGGCUCUACGAUGCUUGAAAGGUUGAUUUUUCAAUGCGAUAUUAAAGAGUAUCGAGAAGUAAUUAAAGUGAUAAUCGUUAGACGUUUGUCGAUGACUUAUGCCGCGUGUCUCGCGUUCUUCGUACAUCCUAGUGUAUCAUCAUUAUCAUCAUCAUAUCUGUCGUAUCGAUAAGACGAUCUACGAUCGUACGAAAUUCAGAGGAGAGACGAGUCACGAUCGCCGCGCCCGUGAGAUGUACACAGCGUCCUGAGUUGUUGUUAUUUUCCUUCUCCUUCUUCUCUUCUUUCUCCUCGUCCUCGUCGUCGUCAUCGUCGUCUUCAACGAGGAGUGACGAAGUCAAACGAUGAGUGUUUUUGGAGAUUUUCAGCGCGUCUGGGUACAGAGAUUCCCGGAUAGCGCUUUACCGGCUGCUUGGGAGGAAGAUGUCAGGGCGAAUUUAGUCAAACACAAGCAAAAGGUAACAGCCUUGAGAGAGGAACUUGAGAAAGAAGAGUUCUAUGUCGAGUAUUUAGAACGAUUAUUGGCGGAUGUUGAAAGACACAAACAGUUGGCUAAUAGUACCAAUGCUACGCUGCUUGACAAUAAGCAGAAUUCCACGGAACUUAAAAGUGGAAAACAUUCUUCUGAAAAUAGCGAAUCUGCAAACUCUGGACAUUGUCAGAAUACAGAUACUUCUCCGCCACCUCUUCCAGUACGAGAAGACAUUAGCAAAUUUCAGGAUAAAUGUGUUUCCGAAUUGAGCUCUACGCUUGGAACUAAUAAAAGACCCAAGAGUGAGAUACCUAGAAGUCCUGAAAAAGUGCCUGAAACCAGAAGAAAUAGUGAUCCUGAUGUGCCAAGUAAUUAUGUCACUGUAAUAGAAGUUACCGGAAGUUCGAAAAAAGAAAAAGCCGAUGCUUCUUUUAAAGAGGAAGAUGAAAAAGUAGAAUCUGAGAAAGCUCUUAAUGAGGAUGGAGAAGAUGGAGAUGCAGAGGCAUCCGAAGAAGAACCAUAUUAUGAUUCGGUAGCUUUGGAUCAGACAGGAGAAUAUGUGUAUAUUGACGCGCGUGUUCCACCUGUAGGUAAUAAUAAUGCCAGCAGAGCACCUCCACGUAGACCACCAUCGCUUCCGGAAUCUCCAGGCAAUCAGAGUAACUACGUCAACAUAGAUUAUUUUAUACAACAUAGAGCAGCGAUGGAUAGCGAAGACGAAGAGGGUGCAAGUCCAGCACCACCCAUUUUAUUACGUGCGCUUAGUACAGAUAACGAAACUGGAAGUAGCGACGCUGAACCAUUAAGUUUAAGUGAAGGCAGUUUGGAAUCACCUACACCUACUACACCACGCAGACAGGAAAAAAAUAAAGAUAGAGAAGAUGAUAGAACAUCUAUGGUUAAGUGUAUUGUAAAUUCUGUGGUAGAAAGUGAAGCGGUAUAUGUAGAAUGUUUAAAUGUUAUGUUGCAAUAUAUGAAAGCUAUCAGAGCAACGUUAACUACGUCUCAACCAGUUAUUUCGGAAGAAGAAUUUGGUACUAUGUUUUAUAAAAUCCCUGAAUUACAUAAACUACAUCAAAACUUCCUAGAUGAACUUAGAAAAAAAACAGAAAAGUGGGAUUUUAAAACUACAAUAGGGGAACAAUUUAAGAUUAUGGCCAGCAAUAUAGGUUUAUAUGGAGCAUUUUUACAUAAUUAUGCUCGUGCUACUGACACCGUUCGUAGAUGCUCUGCUCAUUCGACUCAAUUUGGAGAAAUUACAAGAGACAUACGACUUAGAGGAUUUCCUAAAGGUCCAGGUUUAUCACUUGAAGAUCUUCUACAUAAACCUGUAGCUCGUGUUCAAAAAAAUGCAUUAGUGCUACAUGAUCUUCUUAAGCAUACACCAAUGAAUCAUGCUGAUCAUGCGCCACUCUCAGAAGCACUUGCUAUGACUAGGAAUUUUCUUGAUGAAUUUAAUAUUAUUCAAACAAAGUCGAUGUUCCCAAGUCAUGACAGAGCACAAAGAAGAUUAGUGAAAAAUUCGUUUGUUGUUGAACUCUCUGAUGGUCAUAGGAAAUUGAGACAUCUCUUUUUAUUUAACGAUGUUAUUGCUUGUGCGAAAUAUAAAGCUUCAGGUAGAGAUAAAUUUACGUUUGAGUUGAAGUGGUACGUGCCAGUUGCAGAAGCUGUUGUUACCGAAGAUGGUGUUGAGCCACGAGAGACUAGUCCAGCUAAUGUAGUUGCUUUGAGAUCUCAAGCUUGUACUGUGAGAGAUCAAAUUUUGUGGGAAGAACGAAAUGAUGAAAAAAGAAUUAGACUUGGUGGUAGAGGUUCCGAAAAAAAUCGAAAGAAACUAGCAGAACUUGAAGCACAAUUGGUAUUAGCAUCACCAAAUCUAGUAAUGCGUGUAGCACAUAAAAAUCAACAUCGAGUGCAAAAUGCAUAUACUUUCUUUCUGUCCAGUGAGUUUGAACGGUCUCAAUGGAUCGAAGCAGUGGAAGCAUUGCAACAAGGUGGUCAACCACCAGGACCUCUACCUUUGACGAUGUAUGAAUUGCAAGCAUGGGUUACAGCUUGUCGAACAUAUUUACAAACAGACAUGGGUAGUUACUUAUUAAGAUCUGGACGUGAUGAGAGUUUAUUACUUGGGGAUUUGCAUCUAACUUUGCUUGGUUUAACACCACCAGGAUUAGAUAGAAUAGGAGAUCUGUAUAUCAUCGUAGAAGUGGAUAGUUAUGGACAUUACUUUAAACGAGCUAAAAGUCGAGUUAUAAGGAGUCAGGCUCCAACUUGGGGUGAGACUUUUGUGGUCGAAUUAGAAGGUAGUCAAAAUGUUAGAAUUUUACUUUAUGAAGAAUGUGGGACACGAUCAGUAUUAAGAGGCAAAUGUAUUCAAAGAUUAAGUAGGUCAUGGUUGCAAUCCGAUCAAGUUGAAAGAUCCUUGAGUUUGGGUCCAGCAACAUUAGAUGUAGCUCUUCGAUUUGUUCCCAGUGAAGUAACAUUGAGGCGAGUGCCAUCGGCUAAACCUCAAGGCUUAUUUGGUGCUCGAAUACAACAAGUUUGCAAACGAGAAAAACGUGAUGUUCCAUUCAUUAUAACUGCGUGCGUACGAGAGGUGGAAAGAAGAGGUGUUGGAGAAGUAGGAUUAUAUCGAGUAUCUGGAUCAGCAUCUGAUUUAACAAAACUUCGUAAAUCAUUUGAAAGUAAUUCGUACGAAGCAGAGCAGCUUCUCAAAGAGGUUGAUGUUCAUUCCGUAACGGGCGUUCUGAAAUUGUAUUUACGUGAGAUGCCUGAGGCAUUAUUUACAGACGCCCUUUAUCCAGCAUUUUUGGAAGCUUUCCAAACUGGAGAACUAUCAAGGGGUGCGGCUUUACGACGAGUAUAUGAAGGAUUACCGUCCGUAAAUAAAGCUGUUAUCGAUUUUCUACUUGCUCAUUUAAUUCGUGUUAACAAACACGAAGCACAAAACAAAAUGUCGUUGCACAAUUUAGCAACAGUUUUCGGGCCAACGCUUUUACGCCCAGGUACAAAUUCUCGGUCCGAUUCUAAAAGUCGAGACCCUUUGGCUGCAGGUACUGUAGACGUUAUGGCACAAGCUGGUAUACUCUAUUGUUUUUUACAAAUGCAUAUGCAACAAAACAAUCAAUCACUCUAGUCGAGAGUUUAUUAUCGGUGAAACACCAUAACGCUGCCUGAGAAUAAUUCAAAAUAUUUGUAUUCACGAUUGAAAGUGAAUUAAAUUAUACUAAUAUAAUGAGAAAACAAUGGCAGAGAAAUGGCUUUAAAAUGAUAAAUCUAACGAUGUUUUCUAACGUAUUUUAUUAGUCACGCGAUGUAUUAUCUUGCAACGCUGAUGUAGACAUCGAGAGUCGAAAUAUAUAAGCAGUAGGCAAUGCUUACAAGGGGAGUUCACGAUAAAAUCCAUGCAUUCUUAAUUAAGUUUCCUAUGUGUGCUAACAACAACAACAACAACAACAAUAAUAAUAAUAAUACAACAAUAAUAUUCUGUGUUCAACACGAGAAAGUUCCAUAAAAAAAAAAAAAUCUUAUAAUAACCGUUUGUCGACAAAACGAACGUCUCAAGUGUACAAAACAAAACAAAACAAAACAAAAAACAAAGAGAAGAGAAACAAACAAAAAAAAAAGUAAGCUUAAUUACGAACUUAAACAAUUUUAUCGCAAAACGCUCCUUGUUAAAUAAAUUCCUGGUGGAUGUAUGUAUGUAUGUAUGUAUAUGUACGUGCUUCCACCGUAACCCAUACAAGUAUUGUUAGCAGAGUGGACACUAUCGGAGUUGAAAAAAAAGCAUUGAUAUGUUUUUACUCCAAACAAAAAAAAAAGUCCAUAAUAUAUUUUUUACUUGACAUUGUAUUCAAACAUAUGAGGUUCCAGUGACGAUCGUCCACGUGAUUGAAUUCUAUCCAUUUCUAACGAAAAUUUCCUACGAGAGAGAUGCAAAGAAGUCUGGUCAAAUGCAUCAUCCGUGUGCGCGCUUUAGAAAUUAAGGACAUAACAUUUUCGUAAACAGCGUGUGUUCCUAGCAGAUAAUCUAAAUUUUCUUAUACACGGUUCUCUUUAUAUUUAUGCAAUAAUAAUGUCCACACAGUGUAUGUAUAACUCUAUCAGUAUACUCAAAAACUCACUCCACGUUCCUAAGACGUUUUUUUGCAGCAGACGUGAACCUUCAGGAACCUAUGUUCCUCUACAUAUACACAUAUAUAUAUAUAUAUUCAUAUACAUAUAAUAUAUAUAUAUAAUACAAUUCAUAUUAAAUGCAUUUUAUUAUUCAUUUUUAUUUUUGAGCUCAAUGCUGAACUUUCUCAAAGGAAUCGCAUUCUAAUUAAAAAGAAAAAAAAAAAAGAGAGAGAAAAGAAAAAACAGAUAUAUAGGAGAGGAUCUCUUUUUUAUUUUGACAAUGAAUGAUUAUUCAUUGUAAAACUCAAGAAAGAAAUCUUUCAUUAUUCAAUUGUGAUUGGACUUAUCUGCAUACAUUGAGCCUUUUAUUUUGUAACUGUACUGCCGAACACAAAAGAAAGCUAUUGCUAUUAUUCGAUAGUACUUGUCGACUAACUUAGACUUGACACGUUUUAAAUAUUGUGUUGCAACAUGUAUAUCGGAGGGGGAACAUUGUAAUAUACAGGUGUCAACUCGUGUGUAAUUAAUAAUAAUAGUUUUUAGUUUGAUGCAUCAAAUGUUUCAGGCAUUCGUUGUACUUCAUACAAGUUAAUUUGACAAAUACUUCCUUUAUUUUACGUUAUCAAUUAUUAUUUUUUUUCUUUUUCUCUAUAUAUAUAUAUGUGACCUUAUGGAUCAAGAAACUUCAAUGUUGUUUUAUUGUAACACAUAUGUUUUGUUUAUAAUAUAUAAUUUGUUUAUAAUAUCUAACGAUCUGUACGUAUAUAUCGUUUAAAGUCAAAAUGCAGUUUAAUGCGAUGCCAAAGAGAAAGAUUCCAAUACUAGUUAAGAGAGGGAAGGAAAAGAAAAAAAGAAGGAAGAAAGAAAGAAGGAAAGAAUGAAAGAAAGAAAGAAAAAUAAAUAAAUAAAUAAAAAAAGAAAUAAAACGAUGCAUUUGGCAGUACAAAUAAAUAUCUGACAAAUACCAGCAAAUUGCUAGGAAUGCUAAAGUAUCUUUAUGAGCUUUAUAUUGAACGUCGACAAAAAUGAUAAGUUUUGCUAGAGUUCAAUAAGAAGAAAAAGUAAAAAAGGCGUUCGUUAUAAGAGUAAGUGAACAAAACAAAAACAAAGAAGUAAAAUAAAGAUAAAGAAAGAAAGAAAGAAAGAAAGAUACUGAAGAAAUGAAGAUACUUUCAUGAAUGGACGUUUAUGCUUGUAUACGGUGGCAACUAUCGUAUGUAUGAAAUUUGUACGUGUGUGUAUGUGCGUGUGCGUGUGCGUGUGAAUAAUGUAUGUAUGUAUGCAUAACCCGCGCCCAAUGUAUUAUAUAGUAAAUACAGGAUACUUUUAAUUUUUAUAUUGUAGUCUAAGGCUAAGUCCUUUUUUGUACAUUCAUAUGAAAUGUAAAGACGAGUUUCUGCUAUUAUUAUUAUUAAUAUUAUUAUUAUUAUUAUUAUUAUUAUUAUUAUUAUUAUUAUGUUAUUAUUAUGUUAUUAUUCUAUGGUAAAUGAUAAAUGAUUCCGACGAUCACAGUAUUUGCUAUAAAGUUCGGUUAAACUAGCAUUGACGAUGUACUGCCAAAAAAAAAAGAAAAAAAAAAAAGAAAUAUUAACAAAAACUUGAAAAAAUGCUUGCAAACUUAUGGAAGCCUAUAUAAACUUUUUUACCGAUAUAAUUACUAUUCAUUUUUAUUAUUAUUAAAUAGAUUCAAGAGAGUCUUUUUGUAUUUAGAUCAAAGAAUUUAUUUCACACGAAUGCUUGUACUACUCGUAUACACAUCCUCAUUUAUCAAAGUUUACUGAAGAAAUGAAAAUAAAGAAUAAAGAUACAACA